GUCAUCAUUCACGCCUCGCAACGGGUCACUUUGUACGCGUGUUUACCUGCUAAGUAGUGUUUACAUUCGCCAAGCAGGCGGCUGUUUGCCUGCCAUUACUGACUUCGAGACGGUUCGGGCGGCCGAGUGUGGCCCCACGUAUAAAGUCAAUACUGUGACCGUCUAUUGAAAAUCUGUUACGUGUGGAUGUUCAGUUAGAAGGAAUCUCCCGUGAAAACUAAACUACUUGCAAAGUCUUCAUCAGCACCGCCCCAGGCUGUGGCCGCACCUCAGCCGUCUCAAAGACCCAGCAUUUUACACUCGCAACAACAACAUCAGCAGCAGCAGCAUCGCCGGUGCAGCAGGUGAGCAGGCCGCUGUGCCUAACGGUGGGCCUGCCUUGGUGCCAGGAGUGGCUUCCUCCUCCUCCGCGCCCCACCCGUGACCCACCGCCAGUGUGUGCCGAGAGGCGGGAAGGUGAUGCCGCAGGGAGUAAUGCUGUGGUGCAUGGCUGUGUCUGUGUAAUAAUGAACAGCAUGGAAGAAAUCCAAAAUAAGAUGAGGGAGGAGGAACAGAAGGAAGAGUCUGAAGAGGAAGAAGAGUCUUGCUCCCUUUCGUUCUCAGCAUCGCAGGACUCUGAAGCACCCCAGUUGUCAGCGGCAACCCUGGGGGCCCUGCUGGAAUUCUACUCGGAGGAGGAGGAGAGGAAGGACAAGCUGAGGGAAGUGAGGGAAGGAAACGUGCCAGAGGUCUUCACCGAGAACUGGAACCUAAGCCAGUUUUGGUACAGUGAGAGCACCUCACAGCACCUUGCGCAAGAGUGCUUGAGGGCGGUGAGUCCCAGUGAUGGUGGUGGUGAUGCUGCAGUUGCCUGUCUGUCCUGUCCAACACUCUAUCGCACCCUCCGUGCCCAGAAACAUCAGUGUAAACUUGCUCUUCUCGAGUACGAUACAAGAUUCUCCUGUUUUGGUGACGACUUUUUCUUUUACGACUUCCGCUCGCCGCUCGCUCUUGAUCCCAAGCUCCGUUGUGGCUUUGACCUGGUAGUGGCGGACCCACCCUACCUGUCCGCCGACUGCCUCACGAAGACAUCGCUCACUAUUCGGUUCCUCAGUAAGCCAGAUGGUAAGGUUAUUCUGCUGACUGGAGCCGUGAUGGCAGACUUGGCAGAGAGGCUGCUUGGCACAAGGCCUCUCAAGUCUGCACCCCCAGUCCACCACUCCAACAACCUUGGCAACCCCUUUGUGCUCUACGCAAAUUAUGGGUUUGAUGAUGAUGAUGAUGAUGAUGAUGAUGAGGGGAAGGAGGAAAGAGAACGAAAGAAAAGGGAAGAAAUGAAGGAAGAGGAGGAGGAAGAAGAAAGGGAUAGAAAAGAAAGGGAAGGCAUGAAAGAGGAGGAGGAGGAGGAAGAAGAGAGAAGGGAAGGAGAAAAAGAGAAGAAUGAUAGUUGAUUAUGGUCGUGAUUAUAUAUAAUUAACAUUAUUAUAAUAUUAUAAAUAUUGUUAUUAUUGUCUUGCCUCCUGCUUAUGGUUAGUACAGAGGAUGGGCUGUGACCCCCUCACUCACCCCUUCAGUAAAGUAUUCAAUGCUAGUAA